AGAUUGAGGGCUGGGCUGGGCUGGGUUGGACAUAUUCAGCUGGUAAAAGUUUUCGUGCGCUUUUCUCUGGGCGUAAUUUGGACAGCGCGCACGGGGUGGGCUAAUUAAUCAUCGAAAAGCGUUCGUAAUGUUCGACUAAACACUAAGAACAAGGACACGUUCGCUAAAUGCAAACUAAUCGCCAGUGUGUUUAUGUUUUCAGUCUGUAGCCAUGAUGUCUCCAAACUAGCUAUCUGGCUAAACGCUCCGAAAUGGACUCGGUUUUGAGUGUCAGUGCGAAUCUAGAUCCGGAUUUCAGGAUGAAACCGAAGUCUAAUCGGUCCAGAAUCGAUUCGGAUUAACGAUGCUCUCUAGAAAGAAGAGUAAAAACGAAGCGUCCAAGCCAGCAGAAGUUCAGGGAAAAUAUGUGAAGAAAGAAACCUCCCCGUUGCUGAGAAAUUUGAUGCCCUCGUUUAUCCGGCAUCCAACGUUUCUUCGCCGUGAGCCCCCGUUAGCGGAGCCAGUUCCGGCCGGGGUGUCUGGUGCAGGUCCAUAUUCCUCUGGAUCUGUUGGGGAUGUUAGCGUCCCCAAGAGUUUCCUGCGCAACGCCCCUCCACGGACCCCCCUCGAGGUGUCACGGAGGGAGAGUCAUCGGCUGUCUGCUCCACCACACCUUCAUCGUGAUUACUCCCCUUCCUCGCCAUCUUACAUGAGCGAUGCUGGUUCGGUAACAGAGAAUGGAGACGGCGGCCCGUUUUACUACCCUCCAGAGCCGUACUACAAUAACCAACCCAGGCGAGCACGCAGACCAGACCACUUUAAUGAGAACUACAGGUACUAUGAGCACAAUGAACUCAGCUACCCACGAAACCCAGGACAGUCUCAGACGCCCCAGCCUCACAGUCGCCCACCCCCAGCAAUCGGCCGUGUGCCAGCAAAGUCAGUGGGUAAUCUGACGACCGUGAGCGGGGAGGAGGCAGCUCUUCCUCCUGGCUGGACUGUUGAUUGGACGAUUCGAGGCAGGAAGUAUUACAUCGAUCACAACACAAACACCACUCAUUGGAGCCAUCCGCUGGAGAGGGAGGGGCUUCCGCCGGGCUGGGAGAGGGUGGAGUCAGCUGAGUUUGGAGUGUAUUAUGUUGACCACAUCAACAAACGUGCCCAGUACAGACACCCCUGCGCACCCAGUGUUCCACGUUACGACCAGCCCCCUCCCCCACCAGUCACCUACCAGCCCCGCCCACCAGAACGCAACCAGCCCGUACUGGUACCAGCAAACCCGUACCACACAGCCGAGAUCCCAGACUGGCUGCAGGUGUAUGCCAGAGCCCCGCUGAAGUAUGAUCACAUCCUGAAGUGGGAACUCUUCCAGUUGAUGGAUCUGGACACGUAUCAGGGGAUGCUGAAGCUGCUCUUCAUGAAGGAACUGGAGUGCAGUGUUAAAUCCUAUGAGGCAUAUCGACAAGCGCUGCUCACCGAACUCGACACUCGCAAACAGCGGCAGCAGUGGUAUGCCCAACAACCAGCCAAAAACUUCCCUCCUAACAUGUGACUUGUAUAAAACACACCCAAACUCCAGCCUUAUCAGUGCCUUAGCUGCUGAUGCAGACAUUUAUUCCCUCAAACAGCUCCAAAUAUAAGCCCAAAGAGAGACACCACACAAAGCCUGUUGGGAACUUUACACUAUUACUGACAUUACUCCUAUAUAUCCUUAUCAGCCAUUAUACGGCUGUGUGUGUUCUGAGUCUAUGCUUGGUUUUGACUGUGUUGUGAAUGUGUUUCUUUGUGCAUGUCUGGACUGUGAGGACUCACUCCUUCUGCAUUAUCUUUUUGGACAAUCAACUAUCAGUUAUCAAUGUUUUAUUGUUUAACCAGACUUUUAUUUUCAAUUAUAGUUUUGCUUUUAGGGUAAAUCUCAUUAAAAAAAAAUCAUCCAGGUCACAUUUCACCUCAAAAAAAGAAAAUGAAGCUGAAUUUAGGGUUAUUGAAAGCAGCAUGAAUGAACGGUUUUGCAUCAAAUAUGAUUAAAUAAAUUAUAAAAAUUGCUAGUUUUUGCAUUACAGUAAUGAGUUUUUAAUAUUGAAAAUUAUGCAAUAAUCUUCAUGGUGCUUCAUUUUCUUCAAGUAAAAUGUAUAUUGCUGUUUUUUUGGGAGGGUGAAAUAUGACUUGGACAAUGAGGUUCAUCCUUUAAGGUUUAGGUGGAUUCCUUUUUUAAGGAAUUUGCUUCUUAUAUUUAAAGAUGAAGCUUUCAGAGUCGUCACUUUGUAUGAAGUGAUUGAGCCUGUGGUAUUAAUUUUUUUCAAGAGGUUAUUGCCUGUAUUUUUCAGUUAUUAUGUCUGUUUGUAAAAUCUAUUUUGAGCAUCAACACUAAAUAAACCAGGACCUUGUAUUGUG